AUGAUUUUCACACCUUUAGUCUUCCUCGUCCUCGGCACAAUAUUUCUUCAACUGACGUCCGCUUCCAAUUGUUCGCCAGCCUUCAUUGGGAAACCAGUCCUUCAUGGAGCGAAAAUCAUAGAUGUCCAAGCUGAAGAGGUUCACAAUCAUUCAGCUAUCAGCCUAGGCCCAGGAACCAAUGAUGGAGGUCGCUAUACCAUUAGCUUUUGCCACGUCACCGUCACUCACACGCAUCCGGGCUGGAACGAUACGAUCAACACCCAGGUGUGGCUUCCUUUGAGCGGAUGGAACGGCCGCUUCCAGGCGCUAGGCGGUGGCGGGUACAGCACGGGAUUUGGAUCACUCUAUCUCACAUACGCUGCCUCUAAAGGGUUUGCAUCUGCGUCUGUCGACGGAGGCAUUGCGGUGGGAACAGAAGCCAUCCCAACGGACCUGUCGUGGGCACUCAGCAGCAAGGGAAAUGUGAACUGGUUUCUCCUCGAGGAUUACGCAUCCAAGGCGACAAACGACAUGGCUGUCAUUGGAAAGCAAGUGACCGAAUCAUAUUACCAAACAGCCCCCAGUUAUUCAUACUUUUCUGGAUGCUCCGGUGGGGGGCGCCAGGGUCUCAUUAUGGCACAAAACUACCCCGAUGCUUUCGACGGUAUUGUGGCUAGUUCUCCCGCGAUCCAUUUGGAGACUUUUAUACCCGCGGGAUUUUGGCCCGAGCAACUCAUGAAUCAAUACGGUGUAUUCCCAUCGCCAUGUGAAGUUGAAGCCUUCACAGCAGCAGCAGUGAAAAGAUGUGAUCGGAUGGAUGGGGUGGAAGAUGGCAUAAUCAGCUCGCCGAGACUCUGCACCGUUCAGGCCCAUGAUUUCGUCGGUCAGAACUACACCUGCAAUGGAACACAAGAGACCCUGUCCACCGCAGACGCCAGGGUCAUCCAAGCAGCUUGGUCAGGCACCGGAAAGCACGGCUGGUUCGGGUUAAACAAGGACGCGUCGCUCAGUUCUUCGUCUAUUCCGACGACAUGCAGGGCAAACGGCACUUGUUACUCCACCGGGAGCGAACUGUUCGGCAGCUGGAUUUCAUAUCUCGUCGCGAAAGAUCCAGAUUUUGUGCUCGAAGACAUGAACAAUUCGGACUUCUUCGAUGGCCUGCGCUAUUCGACGUCUCAGUAUGCACCGAUGCUAGCAGGGGCCAACCCCGACCUCUCGGGCUUCAAAGCGAAUAGCGGCAAGAUGAUCGCCUGGCAUGGACUGGCCGAUGAGGUAAUUCCCCCCAGAGGAUCAGAACAGUAUUAUGAGGAGGUAUUGGAAAAAGACAACGAGGCCCAUGAGUUUUUUCGCUUUUUCGAGGCACCUGGUGUUGGUCACUGCUAUGGUGGGCUGGGUCCUGUCCCGAACGAUGCACUCACUCAACUCAUGGAAUGGGUCGAGAAGGACGUUUCACCUGAUACGCUAGUGGCCACAAAAGGCAGCAACGACACGGCAAGAGACCUAUGUCCUUAUCCUCUCGAACAGAAAUUCAUUGGAGGUGACCCAAGGAAUGCGACAUCAUUCACCUGUGCCAACAAGCCAUAG